AUGCCUUCCCUUGGUUGCGAAUCCGGAAGCGGCAACGCUUUUACUUCUCAGCACCAAUCUCAGAUCCCCAAUUUGAACCCAUCAGCGAGGCCCUUCACCCCCACGGAAUCGGCCCGUUCCCCUGCGACUACACCAGGUUUCAGAGAUUUGGCUUAUCACCAAAUCAAGGCUGUCGAGGCCGCUAAUAUUCUGGUCGCCAAAGUUCUCCCUCAUUUAGGUUGCCGUUUCGAUCGCGAGCGCACGUCCGAGCAAGCCUACCAGAAAAUCCAUACCGAACAUGUCAGACAGACUGAGCAUGCUACUCAAAAGUCCUUUGAUUGGCCCCAGUCCGUCCACUCGGCCGGUCUUUCGGCCGGCCUUGAUGCACCCAAGACACCGCCGAACCGUCGUAUCAAGACUCGGAAAAUGAGCCCGACGCCUGCUGCGCAUACCUUCGAUGAUGACGACGACUUCUAUCCGGGUGCCGAUCCACACCUCGUGAGAAAAGUUUGUGGAUAA